AUGAGCUAAAAAAUUCAAAAAACCUAAUUACAAAUUCUUUCGAAAUCUAAACCAAUGAGAGUUAAAGAAGGGCAUGAUGAGAUGAAUAUUUUUGAUUCUUACGUCAAAACGUAUACUGAGGAAAGAGACGUUAAUCCUAAACUAAUAAAUGAUUAAAAAUAACCACAGAGAAAAUAGUCCGAAAGAAAUUGUUAAUCAGUCAAAAAAAAAGAGAUGACAACUCAAUAGCUAAAAAAAAGGCAAUCAUAAUCUGCACAUCCUAGUUCAGCUGUCAAAGUUCAAUUUCAAACUCCUUUAUAAAAUAGAACACAUCGAAAAUUUCAAAAAACACCAUUCCCAAAAAUUGAUUAUAUUUAAUGA